AUGUCGGAUAUCCAUUCACCACAAUCAAAUUCGUCGUCUACAUCUAAUUUAACAACAACACCACGAAGAAUUUUGAAAGCAAAACGAAGUUUAGUAUGGAGAUACUUCAAAAUUGAAAAUGAUUCAUUCGAUGUCGAGUGUAUACUAUGCUCGUCGACUGUACCUCGUACAUCAACAUCAACCUCUAAUAUGUUACAUCAUCUACAAAUACGUCACAAACUCGAAUAUGAACUCAUUAAUAAAGCUACGAAAUCGAAAAAUGAUGCUUCAUCACAACGCUUACCAUUAACAAGUGCUCGAUCAGAACAUCUGACAAAACUCGCUGCUAAUUUACUUAUCCACGAUUUACUUCCACUUUCUGUUGUCGAAAGCUGUCAUCUCCAAACGAUCUUUCGAGAAGCUGAACCAUCUUACGUAUUACCAAGGCGCAAAUAUUUUGUAACAAAUGUUUUGAAAGACAUGUACAAUUCAACUCGAAACAAAGUGCAGCAUGCAUUACAUAAUGCUAUAGACAAUCAACUUUUUAUAUUAUUAUUUGGUACAACAUUAACAAGUCUUGCAAUUAUUUUAGUUUAUUUUCAACAACAAAAGAAGAAAAAAAGCGAUGAAGAACAAAAAAAUGAAUAUUUAAAAUGUAAAUCAUUAUUUGAUUUUGAAGAAUUAGCUAAAAAAUUGUUGAUGCCGCAUCGAUUUUAUUAUUUUAAUUAUAAAGCUGGACAAGGACAUACUUAUCAAGCAUGUAGAGAUUAUUUUGAUAAAAGAUUAAGAAUUAUGACAAGAAUUUUAAUUGAUGUCAGGCAAAUUUCAUUAAAAACGAAUAUUUUUGGAGAAGAAUAUUCAUGUCCAAUAAUAAUCGCUCCAUCAGCAUAUCAUUGUCUUGCUCAUAUUGAUGGAGAAGUUGGAACAGCUCGUGGUGCAACUGAAGCUCAAUGUAUUUAUACUUAUAAUUGGAUGUAUUCAAAUAUCUUAGAAGAUAAUGUUUUACAAACAACUGGUCCAAAAUUUUUACAUGUUUAUUUAACAAUGCCAAUAGAAAUCUUAGAGAAAUUAGUUGAAAAAGCUGCUGAAAAUGGAUAUCGAGCAAUUGUUGUCACAUGUGAUGAUCCAACUAGUCGUGUUUGGAAUAACAUAUUACCAGUAUUUUUAGAAGCUUCAAAGAAUAUUGAUCCAAAUUUAAUGAAAACUGCAAUUAUGCCAAAUAUGAAUAUAUUUGAUUUAAGCAUUGAACCAGAUUUCUAUGAUGGUUCAAUAACAUGGACAAACAUUGAAAGAUUAAGAAAAUUAACAACGUUACCCAUUAUUUGUAAAGGAAUACUUUCACCAUUGGAUGCAGAAUUAGCGAUUAAAUAUGGAGCUAAUGGAAUUCUUGUCAGUAAUCAUGGUGGUCGACAGAUUGAUACAACAGUACCAGCUAUUGAAUGUCUUGAAGAUAUUGUCAAUAUCGUCAAUGGACGUGUAGAAGUAUUUGUUGAUACUGGUAUUCGAAAUGGAAGUGAUAUAUUAAAAGCAUUGGCAUUAGGUGCACGAGCUGUUUUUAUUGGUCGACCAGUUUUAUAUGGAUUAACUUGUGGUGGACAUGAUGGUGUACGAAGAGUUUUAGAUAUAUUAAAACAAGAAUUAAUUUAUGAUAUGGCUUGUUGUGGAUUAGCAAGAAUUGAUCAAAUAAAUAAAGAUAUUCUUUAUAAACCUUCAUAA